UCGAGUAUAGUUACAGAAACAAAUAAAUAUGGAGAGAGUACGAAAGGUGAUCAAUGGAAAGACUUAACAGUGGAAGAAAUAAAAAUAUUUCUUGGACUACUCUUACACACGGGCACAAUUAAGUGUCCUCAAUUACAAAAUUAUUGGAGUACUCAGCGGCUGUUUAACUUUACUUGUUUCUCACAAAAUAUGAGCAGGAACCGGUUUCAAGAAGUUUUACGUGGUUUGCGUUUCUCUUCGAAUUACACGAAUAAUGAUCGCUUGAACGAAAUACAGCCGAUUGUGGAUUACUUCAAUGACAAAAUGGAACAAGUAUACUAUCCACACAAAGAACUUUCAAUAGAUGAGAAACUGGUCCCUCGGAGAGGCAGUGUAGUGUUUCGACAAUAUAUUAUUGAUAUUAUUGGAAAGAGACAUAAAUAUGAUGUCAAGUUACAUGUUUUAACUGAGAGUUCGGGAAUAUCUCUUCGAAUUGAAGGAGACAAAGAGAGUGGUGGUGAUAUUAGCGUGAAAGGGCAGGCAACGGAAGUAGUUUUACGUUUAUUGAAAGAUUUUCUACAAAAAGGACAUUCCGUUUAUAUGGAUAAUUUCUAUAAUAGUUUCGAAUUAACGAAAAAACUACUUGAUGCCAAAACUUAUUGCACAGGUACUUUACGAAAGUUAAGAAAAGGAAAUAAUUUAAAUGUCGUAACGGGAAAGCUUGCAAAAGGUGAAAUUAUAUCUCGCCAUAAAAAUAACAUUAUGAUGGGGAAAUUUCGAGAGAAAAGAGAAGUUCUGUUUAUCUCGAGUGAAUUUAAUGCAGAUUUUAUAGAAUUAGAAAAUAAAAGGCAAGAGAGAUAUAAAACGCUUCUAGCAUUGCAGAAAUAUAAUGAAUUUAUGAUUGGUAUCGAUAGGAAAAACCAGAUGUUAUCUCAGUAUACCUGCGUGAGAAGAACAUUUAAAUGGCAUGUUAAAUUAUGGAUAAACAUCGUAGAAACUUUAUUGUUAAAUUCUUUUUUCUUAUACACGAAAUACUCACCUUCUACGAAGAAGAUAAAUUUCUUAGAUUUUCGUUUGAACAUUAUCAAUGUUUUGUUAUUUAAAAACAAUAAGGAAAAUGUACCACCUCUUACUUUAUUACAACAUGAACAUCUACCUGAAAUGUUAUCGAGGGACGAGAAAAAUAGAAUAAGACGAAAAAGGUGCAGACAAUGUUUUGCUAAUGGAUCACGAAAGAAUACUAAUUACUUCUGCAGUGGCUGUGAGGACAAUCCAGGUUUAUGUUUAGGGGAAUGUUUCAAGGAGUACCACAAAAAUCUAUUAUGA